AUGGCAGAUGCUGAAGAUCAAGGCGAUGGCGAAGUGAAGGAAUUAUCAUCUUCGUUCCCAUCGCUCUUUGCCUCGACAAGCUCAACGGAAGUGCCUCCAAAAGAUCAAGACUUGAAUGAUUCAUCUGCCUCUGAAAUAUUCUGUCGCAGUGUUGUCAAUAUUCUCGACAAGGAUGAUGUUGAUUCAGCGAUCAAGAUACAACGUGACAUGAUAAGUCGUGUCGAAAGAGCUAAUGCGGUGAUCGAAAACUUUAAUCGUGUCGGUAAAAGACAAUACGAAGAUUUCUUACCGAAAUUUAGAGAACAUACCAACUUAAUUAUAGAAAUGAAAAAGGAUCUUGAUAAUGUAUUUAAGAGAAUUAGGUGA